GGGACUAAGGUAAUGGAGCCAAGGAACAAUGUGACUCAUUUUAUCCUUAUGGGCCUCACUCAGAAUCCAAAGGAACAGAAGGUCCUUUUUGUUCUGUUCUUGAUUUUAUACAUUUUGACCAUGGUGGGCAACAUGCUCAUUGUGGUGACUGUAAUUUUCAGCAAAACUCUGGACACACCAAUGUAUUUUUUUCUUGCUAGCCUAUCAUUUAUGGAUGUCAUUUAUUCCACAUCAAUUUCUCCCAAUCUGAUUUCAAACUUGUUCCUUGGGAAAAAAAUAAUAUCUUUCCAGUCUUGUAUGAUCCAGCUCUUUACUGAACACUUUUUUGGUGGGUCAGAGGUAUUUCUUCUGUUGGUCAUGGCCUAUGACCGCUAUGUGGCCAUCUGCAAGCCCCUGCAUUAUUUGGUUAUCAUGAGACAAUGGGUAUGUAUUAUGCUGUUGAUAGUGUCCUGGAUUGGAGGUUUUAUGCACUCAGUAAUUCAACUUAGCACCAUUUAUAGUCUUCCAUUCUGUGGCCCCAAUGUUAUUGAUCAUUUUUUCUGUGACAUGUACCCUUUAUUGAAACUCGUCUGUACCGACACCUAUGUCAUUGGUCUGUUAGUAGCAGCCAACGGAGGAAUGAUUUGUUCUAUUGUGUUUCUGCUCUUACUCAUCUCUUAUGUUGUCAUCUUGUAUUCUCUAAAGAACCUGAGUCAGGAAGGGAGGAGGAAAGCCCUCCAGACCUGUGGCUCCCACAUCACUGUGGUUGUCUUAUUCUUUGUUCCCUGUAUUUUCAUGUAUGGAAGACCCGCGAGGACCUUCCCGAUUGACAAAUCAUUGAGUGUAUUUUAUACAGUCAUAACCCCCAUGCUAAACCCACUAAUCUAUACCCUGAGAAAUACAGAGAUGACAAAUGCUAUGAAGAAACUCUGGAUAAGCAAAGGCAUAUCAGGUGACAAAUAA